UGCACUUUGCUGCUGAAUUAGAUGACCUGUAAGGGAUUCUGUGUUCCUCGCUGAGCAUUUACAGAUAAAACGUUCAUCUAUUAACCUACCAAUGUCCAUAGCGACCGUUUCCAAUUUGCUGCCUUAUAGCUUUGCAGCUCCUAAUGCCCCGGCUGCUGGUUUCAAUGGCUCUGGGGGCCACCAGAUGGGGAGGUGGCUUUAUGGUUUAUUUUUCCUCCCCAAAAAGCAAUUAAAAAAAAAUGCAGUCACAAGUAGAAUGAAAUGAAAAUAGCGAGGCACACAAAAACACAAUCAGCGACAGAACCACUCCUUUGGGGCUUGGCUUUCUCUGGUAGAUUGAGGCUGGAAUAAAUUGGAUGAACUGGUGGACAGAACACCUGCUGCUUUUGCAGAUGAUGCAAAGUUGGGUGCGGAAACUAAUACCAUAAAAGAGUGGAAUAGAAUUCAAAAUAGUCUUGAUAGGUUAAAGGAAUAUGCUGAAAAUAACCUGAAAUUUAACAGAGUGCAAAGUUCUUCACUUAGGAAAGAAACCUCCAGUGCAAAGGGACAGGAAAAGGGUUUAGAAAUAGUAUUUGUAAGAAAGGUGCUGGAAUAACUGCUGAUCAUAAACCAAAUAUAAGCCAGGAAUGUGACAUGGCUGCAGAAAAGGCAGUUGCAGUUUUAGACUACAUCAACAGACACAAAGUUUCCAGACUGCAGGAAGUAAAUAUCCCAAUUUAUUCAGCAUCGGUGAGACCCCAUCUCAGGUAAGGAGUUUGGCUCUUAAUCCACGCAUCGAGAUGGACGGAGAAAAACUGGAACAGAUGCCAAAGAGGGCAGUGAGAAUGACUAAGCCAGUGAAGAAAAGCUGAAGGAACAGCGGAUGUUUAGCCUUGAGAAAAGGUGAUAUUGGGGGGGGCAGCGGUUCUGAUACCUCUUUUCAAAUACCAGGAAGCCUACUGAGACCUGCUCGCGCUCUCCUUCCACAGCACAGGACAGAGAAUGACGGGCUGAAGUGCCAGAAAGGCAGAUGUUGACAGUAAAAGCAGCUCAGGGAAGAAAUGGCGUGGAGAAGCGGGGGGGCUCCCCUUCACCAUUCAGGUGGGGGCUAGCGUGCUCCCACUUGGAUUCCUGCACAGAGAAGCAGGCUAGGCUGGAUAACCUCAAGGGUCCGUGCCGGUGGGAGUCAUGUAACACUCAGGAAUUCUCGCUGCUGCAGAGGUGGCAUCUCUGCCGGGUCUCCGGUCUUCCUGAGCUCCCUGCAAGGGCAAGGACUGCGCCCCUCUUCAGCUGGGUAACAAGCCUUCAGCUCAUGCAGUCUCGCAUAGGGCGCUGGCCUUGUGUGGGGUGUCCGGGCUCAGAUCCAGGGUGCUGACCCUGUCCUGGGAAAUGGGAGGACAGCCCCUCCCCGGGAGGCCCCCUCACCACCUAGCCACAGGCUGGGAGAUGCCAGGGAGCUGUCUGGGCACACCUUUAUCCAAGGAGAGCCAAAUUCGGGGUUACGAUUGAGUUCACACAGCACACUAACCACAGACCAGUGUCCGUGGCUGGACGUCUGAGAGUUGAAGCGCACCUCUCUUAAAGUUGCCAAGUUUGAGAAACACUGCCAUAGACUAACCGGAUAGGUCAGGUUCACGCAACCCCCGCGCCCCCUGGCAAAAAGGUGGCUCCCUCACAUGUGGCUGAGCAUCGAUCCUGAUGUCUUUCAUCUCCACCCACAGCCUUCUCGGCUGAGUGAGGGGGAAAUGAGGCGGCUGGGGGAUAGAUAAUAGAUCCUCAGGGGUUUCGGGGUGCUGUGCCACAAGGUGACCCAGUUGACCUUGGCUGGCCUCCUAAAGCUAAGCAGGCCUAGUUAGUCCUUGGAUGAGAGACCACUGAAAUCCCGUCCGAGAAGACUUAUUUAUUUUUCAAAUUUAUAUAUGCCGCCCAUCUCGCUAUACAAGUGACUGCAUACAAGAUGGCAGCAAACGACUUCCACGUUGUGACCUGGGAAGUCAAGCUGGCUUGAAGGAGGCUAUCUUACCUUCGAGGCUGAAGCUCAGAAUUCUAACCCUGGUGUCAUUUCUUGGGACCAACGCUCACCCCGUCAUCUCCUCCUCCUCCCUUAAUAAAAUGCCAGGUCAGGCCUCUUAAGAAAUGCCCGGGAUCUGGGCCGACCCUUUCGUGGGCUUAGCACAGUGCUCUGAAUUGGCGUCAUCAGUCGGGCACGUAGGUUCAGCUCCUGGCACUGCCAAGACUCCAGCGGCUCCUCGGUGUUGACUCACCAUGGCAAACAUGGUUUACACACCAUACAGGUUAUGUCCACACCACAUAAGCCAGCAUAUUAUGGCUUAACAGGAUCACCCGUCGCCUGUAACACACUGGGGUACUCUGGCUUGGUUUGGGCUUAGCCAUGGUGAUUUGUGAAUCGUGGGUUAUAGAGCCAUGCCAGUACAGGGGUGUCCACAGGGUGUGGUCAGAAAAGUCACGGCAGGUUUUGUGCAAUGCACAUUUUGAAAAAGACGGAGCUUCAAUGGCCCCGUUGCAGCCAUCCUGCCGUCCUUUCAACCCCACCUUGGGGAGACCCCCGUGCUGGGAGAACCCCCUUCCCCCGGAGCGGGGCCCUCCUCUGUUUAGCCAGGAACCUACCUCCCACCAGAACCCUUUCCACAGAGGAGAUCCUGCGGACGGAGCUCCCGGGGUCUUGCGAGCGAGCCAAGCCGCCCAGGCAGCGGCUGAGCCUCGUAUGAGUUCCUCGGUGUGUGCCGUUGUGUUUUGCUAGCACAGUUGGAAAGACGUGUACGCACUGGAAUUACAGCAAGGCCUCCAUCCAGGCGCCGCCGUUGGACUACUCCUUUCGGGGCAUCAGCUUCAUGCAAGACUUGCUGACCGAGGAGCCUCGUCCGGGUCUCAAGGCCAUCCGGCACUCGAACGGGGGUCGCCUGCUGACCCAGGCCGUUCGGCUGAACAACAACACCCUGAAUGACCUGACGGAUUUCCCAGACAUCAUGGAAAAGCUGCUGGAGUAUCCCCGGGAUAUCUACUGGAUCGACCUCUCCUUUAACGACCUGCCCAACAUUGACCCGGUACUGGCCACCUACUACAACCUCCGGAAUCUGAACCUUCACGGAAACAGCAUCCAGCAACUCACCGAAGUGGACAAGCUGGCCGUGCUGCCCCACCUGCGCAACCUGACUUUGCAUGGCAACCCCAUUGAAGAGGAGAAGGGCUACAGGAGCUAUGUCCUGUCUACCUUGCCCCAGUUGAAGUCCUUCGAUUUCAGCGGCGUCACCAAACUAGACCGCACCAAUGCAGCCGUUUGGAGGCGCAUGAACAUCAAGCCGAAGGUGAUCCGGAAGAGACGGGAUGACUACUGAUGGCUGCCUCCUUCCUGAAGAAUAAAGCUUUAGAGCAGCU